AUGGAGAGCUUCCACACUAGGUUCAGUGCUUGGACACCUUUUAGCAACAAGUCUUUAAAUAGACAACUUUUCCAGGAAAGAGUUGCUCUGAUAAGUCACUGGUUUGACCUGUGGACCAACAAACAACGUCAGGAAUUCUUGUUCACGAUGCUUUUACGAUGCACUAAAUCACAAUUACGGUUUGUGCAAGACUGGUUUGCAGAAAGGAAGCAAGUGGCGAGAGUGGACUUCUGUGCCGUGCUCCCGCGCCGCCUCGCUCUGUACAUCUUUUCCUUUCUGAACCCGAAAGACUUGUGUGCAGCUGCUCAAGUCAGCUGGCCCUGGAAGUUUCUAACGGAACAGGAUUGCUUGUGGAUGCCCAAAUGUGUUAGAUUCGGAUGGUUUCUGCCCUAUACUCCAACAGAUAAUGAGUAUGGUGCUUGGAAGCGCCAUUAUAUUGCUUGUGUAUCCAAUCUGGACUGGCUAACCCCCAGGGAAGCCACUGCUGUGUAUGGGACACUAAAUGAACCCAAAACAGAGGAUGAGGAGCUUCAGGAGAGGCAAAGAGAAAAGUACCUAAGGAAAAUUAUCUGGGAGAAAAUUGCACUACAUAAGAAGCAGUUAUUCAAAGCUCGUCCCCCUUGGGGGAGUGGGGCGUGCUGCUCCAGGCUGGUGAGCUUCAGCCACCAGCCACAGCCCUCCCAGGUCAGGCAGGAGCGAGAGGGACUUGGUGAAGCUCUGGAGAAACAGCUCGUUGUGGCAUCCUUAGACGCUUUGCCCACGCGAAGCAAUGUUUCUGGAAGCCAUUCUUAUCCUCUAUUAUCAAAGAAAACACUGCAUGGAGCUUAUGAAAAUGAGGAUAACUCUUCACAUACUUCUCAGCUGCAUGUCAUACUAAUAUCAUCUCAGAUUCCUGCAUAUGAGAUGGUGGUGGACAGUACUAAGGCAGGGGUCGUUGCUGUGGUGUAUGAACACAGCGGCAUGACCUUGGAGAGCCUGCUUUGUCUUGUAGACAGAGCUCUGCACGGCCAGAAGGCACUCAGUGUUGGAAUAUUUAGUGAUGGAGACAGCAGAGGAAUCAACUUACUCAAAGGUUAUAAAAUUGCUAUUAAAAAUUUACUGAAGCCUGAAGUGAGAGACUUCUGGGAGAAAUUAGGGAGCUAUGUGGCCACUGAGGAAGAAGGAGGACACGUGGACAUCUUUGUGCCACUUGGCGCAUCUGAGGAAGGCAUAGGAGUUCUUUCUCAGCUGUCGCAACUAACUGGCACAUUCUUUACUGCUCCCACUGGGAUUGCGACUGGUUCUUACCAACACAUUUUCAGUGACUGGCUGGGACUGGAGUGGCUACAACUUCCUCCUACCAUCUACUUCAAUGAAUCCAAGCUUCACACAUGGUCCAACCUCUCAGACUCCCUGGAAGACACCUUGAAAUCAGUGAGGAAAGAGUUAAAUCCUCUCUUCAAGGACCUGCAGAAGAGUAUCAGCGGCAGGAUGGUAGGGCAAUUUCUGUUUGACACUAUGAAUUUGGCCCAUAUUUUGAAUAUCCAAGAAACUGCACAAGCUCUGGCAGACGGAUUGGUGGAGCUGUCAAAGGAGGAUUCUGACAAACCUUUGGAAUUUUUAUCACAUUUUCUGCUGAAGAAAUGUAGUAAGAAGAGCAGCAACUCUGAAGGAAAUGUUACUCUGAUGGAAUGUGACCCUGAAGAGACCUUCGGCUCAUUGGUGAAGGAAAAAACCAUCACAGAAGACAGUUCUGAGGAUCCCGGAUCAAGUCUCAGCAAAAGCAGUCUAAAUGUCAAAGUGCUGGCUAAACUGGAGAGGAAGCUUCAGAGGGCUUCGGUGGACAUGCGAGCUAGAGUUGUCCUGGAACUCUUGCAGAGUGAGAGGCGGUACGUGCAAACGCUGGAAAUCGUGAGAGAUGUUUACGUGAGGCCACUGAGAGCAUCGCUGGGCUCCAACAGAGCCAUCCUGAGUGCUGCGAAUGUCCAGAUCAUUUUCGCCGACAUCCUGCAGAUUUUAAGUCUCCACAGGCAGUUUCUAGAUAACCUGAGAGACAGACUCCAGGACUGGGGCCCAGCUCACUGUGUGGGGGACAUCUUCACCAGGCUUGGGAGCCAGUGGACCCCAUACACCAAUUUCUUCAACAACUACUCUGUUGUCCUCCAGACCAUUGAGAAGUGCAGAGACAUGCUCCCAGCCUUCCGAGCGUUCCUGAAGAGACGAGAGAAGAGCAUCGUUACCAAAAUGCUGAGCCUGCCAGAGCUGCUUCUGUGCCCAUCCCGGAGAUUGGAGGAAUAUACUAGUCUUCUCUACGCUCUUCGGCUCCAUACGCCAGCUGGACACGUUGACCGGGAGGACCUGACCACUGCAAUUAACCAAAUCAAAAACUAUCAAGGUUUCAUAGAUCAGAUGAAAGAAAACAUUAAAAGAAAAGAACAGCUGUCAGAUAUACAGAAAAUUGUCUGGGGAUGCCCGGUUUUGUCAGAAGUAAACAGAUAUCUGAUUAGAGUCCAAGACGUAGCCCAGAUCCACUGCUGUGAUGAGGGAGUCAGUUUCUCUUUAAGGCUAUAUGAACAAAUCCACGAUCUCAGCCUCUUUCUCUUCAAUGAUCUGCUGCUUGUUUCAAGUCGGGCCACAUCUCAUAUACCAUUUGAGAGGACUCCAAAAACCACCUACCACUUCAUUGCGGCAGUCACGCUUCAUAGUUUAUUUGUGGAAGAUAUUCCAGACUCCAAGUAUGUCAAGAAUGCAUUUGUUCUUCAAGGUCCAAAACAUGAAUGGAUUUGUGCUACUGAGGCAGAAGUUGAGAAGUUCCUGUGGCUCUCAGCACUCCAGAACACCAUCAGGAGGAGCAUGAAGAACAGAUCAAGGCGCCAGCCCUCCUGGCAAGACAGGAAGAAGGAUGCUCACACGUGUUAGGCAUGAUGAGAGGAGGAACCCAGAUGACUAGGAGGUUCCUUCCGACGGUAAACUUUAUCCCCUGUGACAGUCCCAUGGAACGGUUACAACAGCAAGCUGU